AUGCUUAGAGAAGGUCCAGUUGGUCCAGCACGUUCAAGAAUCAAACGAGAGGAGGAAACUGCAAGUGGUUGGAACCGUAAGUUACUUGCUAUACUUCACAUUCGUGUUGCCCGCUUAGAGCACGAUACAGAGAAAAUGACACAAAAACGAAUGAAACAACACAACCACUGCGAUCAAGUAAAGGAUCUUGUGGCCGAAAUUAACUGGUAUACUUGUAAAACAAGCUCAAUUGAAGACGAUGACGUUAGAGAAACUGUAGAUGCCGGUUGGCUGUCACCGACGGCAAUCCGCGUUCUCAACCGGACCACCAGAAAGCAUCUGAAAGCCACGCCCCCUCUCACUUUCAACCAGCCAGCCACAUUUCAACGAAUUCGACUCGCUUCUAGCAAUGGUAUAUUUCUGAUGAAAUCCACAGUUCCGAUGUUAGAAAACAAAUCAGAUUUGAUGACUGACUUCAAAGCAUUUCCCAACUACACGUAA